CGAGUGAAGUUGGAUACUUCCUGUCCUCAUCCGAACCCCGAUAUCUGGGGCUCUGGGCUUGCUGGUUUGACAGAGGUUGUAGGCGGCUGUCGCGCUUACCAUCCAUUUCCCAGGAUCAGAGUUUUGUUUCUUUGCAGAGCCAUGGGCAGCAAGAAGAAGGAAAUUGCCCUACAGGUCAACAUCAACACCCAGGAGCUUUGGGAGGAAAUGCUUGGCUCCAAAGGACUGACUGUUGUGGACGUCUACCAGGGCUGGUGUGGCCCCUGCAAGCCUGUGGUUAGUCUCUUCCAGAAGAUGAGGAUCGAGGCUGGUUUGGACCUUCUCCAUUUUGCUUUGGCAGAGGCAGACUGUCUCGAUGUUCUGGAAAAAUACCGAGGGAAGUGCGAGCCAACCUUUCUGUUCUAUGCAGGAGGAGAGCUGGUGGCUGUGGUGAAGGGGGCCAAUGCUCCCCUGCUUCGGAAGACCAUCUUACACCAGCUGGAGGUGGAGAAGAAGGUUCUGGCUGAAGGCAGGGAACGGAAUGUGGUUACUGCUGAGGCUCUUUCUGGUGCAGCCAAGUGUCCUGCCCGAGAAAAGGAUGGCGUUGAAGAUGCUGACAUAGGCAUAGUGCCAUCAGAGAAGAAGGCCUGUACAUUAGGCAUCAUUAAGCCCGACGCAGUGGCCCAUGGGAAGGCUGACGAGAUCAUCAUGAAGAUCCAGGAAGCAGGAUUUGACAUCCUAUCAAACGAAGAGAGAACCCUGACAGAGGCGGAAAUGCAAGUGUUCUAUCAACACAGAGCUGGGGAGGAGGCAUUUGAGAAGCUAGUCCAUCACAUGUGCAGUGGACCUAGUCACCUCCUGAUCCUCACCAAGACCAAGGGCACCGAGGAUGUAGUCACCGCUUGGCGAGACUUCCUGGGGCCUUGUGACCCCAGUGUGGCCAGGAGGGAACACCCUGAAAGUCUCCGGGCUCAGUAUGGCACAGAAAUGCCCUUUAACGCUGUGCAUGGAAGCCGGGACAGAGACGAUGCCAACAGAGAGCUGACCCUGCUCUUCCCCAGCUUCAGGUUUUUAGAUAAAGACACAGAAACCCCGCAGGGUGCUGAGGCUCAGAGCAGCGAGCUCCAUGGAGGCCCUUUGCAUCUCUGAGUGUAUCUGAGAACUGGGGUCAAGGUCACAAGGCCACAUGAGGAGCCCUUGGAAUGUUCAUGUCUGCACAGCACCUUCAGAGGAAGAUUUCAGAGCACCAAUAUGUUCUGGUUCAGUUCUAUUUUGUAGACAACAGAAUAACUGUAUGCGCUUCCCUGCCUUAUUAAACAGUCUACAGAACAUACCCUCCCUCCUUCUAGUUACUGCUCACUCCACAGAGGACACUGGCUCUCCCCAACACUAAAUCUACUGCUUUGAGCCUAGCUUGGUACCUUGGGGGUGUAUGUGAGUGUAGAUGUGUACAUGUGGGUGUGGGUACAGGGCAGAGGACAACUUGAGGAAUUCAACUGUCUCCUCCCACCUUAGAGGCCCGGAGUAUCUAAAGGUCAUCAGGCAUGGCAGCAGGUACCUUUACUGGCUGGGCCCUCUCGGGUCAUCUCAGCAGGUCUAGUUUAAUAACCUGAGAUUUGAAAUUAGCGUUGUUGAUGGCGAUGACACCGCCACACACUGCCACAGAACAGGUAUGAACAGGUACUGCCCAUGCUACCUCUUAAGUCACGAGGCAGCCACUAGCACUGCCGUUCACACUACGGCCUGCUCCUAACACGGCGCUGUUACACAGGGAACUGGGGCUAAUCUAUUUCCUCCAUUUCUUUGGCUUCUGACUGUGCUAAAAUCCAGUUUUAAGCCCUAAUCAUGUGCUCCUGUGGGGCCAGGCAGCCUUCGGUUUUCACUGAAUUGCUGCCUCAGCUGCCCCUUCCUCUGAGGGAUGCGAGAGCUUAGUAAAAAGUAACUCGGGACCCUGUGGUGUUACCACACAUGCGCACCCACCUGUGACCACCUUGUUCGUGUGCUAUUUCUGCCCUGGCCAAGCCCAUGCACACUCUACUCUGAGGGAAGGCUGUGCUCUUCCACACCACAAGGAAAAUGCCAGCACUCUCUUUUGCUGGUGAGAAGUUCACCCCUGUGACGUCAGGCUCGCAGCAGGCAGUUUGCUCUCAGCAGGCAGCUCCUCACUGGGGCAUUAUGGUUUCUGUCCACCUACCCUGAGAACUCUGCUGAGCACUGCACUGGCUCUGAAAAGGAUGGCCCAAGCUGCCUGAAGGCACGAGACACAAUGUGGGGCCUACUGUUUAAAGUGCAUAACCUUAGGCCAUCUCUGAUGUGUAACCCAUGAUCCUCCUCAGG